CUCAACAUGGCUGCUCAGAGUGAGGGUGGGGGUAAAGAUGACAUAAAAACACAUUUCGUUACUCGCGAAGGAUCCUAUAAACUGAUGUCCCAUUCUGAGUAUUCAAAGCCAAGCCGUGUUGCAUUUAAUGGUCAAGCAAACACUCCCGUUAAAGUUUCAUUUGUAGAUGUUAAUGACGGUACAACGUCACCUGAUCGUUUGUGUUUUAAUGUUGGCAGGGAGCUGUACGUCUAUGUUUACAAAGGUGUACGUAAGGCAGCAGACCUAAGCAAGCCAAUAGAUAAAAGGAUCUACAAGGGAACGCUGCCCACAUGCCAUGACUUCAACCAACAUUUUCUUAACCCUGACAGUGUGCUGCUCUUGGUUGGCUUCACUGCCGGCCAGGUCCAGCUCAUUGACCCCAUCAAAAAGGAGAUUAGCAAACUCUACAAUGAAGAGAGGCUGAUUGACAAGACUAAAGUGACCUGUAUCAAGUGGAUUCCUAACUCACCCAACCAGUUCCUUGUGUCCCACGCCUCUGGACAAAUGUAUCUUUACAAUGAAGAGCUCCCAUGUGGGCAGACACCGCCCAAUUAUCAACCCUUUAAACAAGGAGAAGGCUACGCUGUUUUCACUUGUAAAACUAAAAGUACUCGCAAUCCAAUGUAUCGCUGGCUCAUUGGUCAAGGUGCUAUUCAUGAAUUUGCCUUCUCGCCCUGUGCCAAGUAUUUAGCUGUGGUCAGCCAAGAUGGGCAUCUUCGUGUUUUUCAAUACAGUACAAUGGAGUUGUUGGGGACAAUGAAGAGUUUUUUUGGUGGGUUAUUGUGUGUCAACUGGUCACCUGAUGGCAAGUAUUUGGUCACUGGUGGAGAGGACGACUUGGUCACUGUUUGGUCCUUUCAUGAAAAACGUGUUGUAUGUCGUGGUCAUGGCCAUAAAUCCUGGGUCAACAUGGUGGCAUUUGACCCCUACACAUGUAUAGUUUGUGAUGAAGAACUGACUGAUGUGAUAGCACCAGAAGGUGGUUUGCUACCAGUCAAUGAAGGAACUAACCACAUUGACUCCAGCUGUGGGCACCCCCACACACCACAUCAGCAUCCAAAUGGUGCUCACAUUAGUACUUCCAACCAUUAUUCUUCUUCAACCUUAGAAACAAGCACAACACUCAAUUGUAUUUCUUACCGUUUUGGUUCAGUGGGGCAAGACACUGAGCUGUGUUUAUGGGACUUGACAGAAGAUGUAUUAAAGCAGCCUUACGGGAAAUCACGGACUAGCAGUGUAGGGUUGGUACCUCUACCACGUUCUAAUAGUUUACCUCAUUCACAAAAUUGUGGAGCCAACGAUGUUUCCUCCAAUGCCUAUGCAGAUGGUCAUGCUUAUCCUGUGAUGAAUACCAAGUUUGCUACUUUGUCUGAGCGUAAAGAUGCUAGUGAUAAAAAAGAACAUAAAAGAAACUUGAGUUUAGCGGCAAGAAAUUGUGAAAAGUCUUGUGUAGUUAAAUCAAACCAUCUGCGUCCAGUGGACAGUGCCAUGAAGCUGUAUGGAACUCAGGCAUGUCCAAGGCUUGACCAAGUCCCUAUCUUAGAACCUUUAGUUUGCAAAAAAGUUUCCCAUGAGAGACUGACUUCAAUUUCAUUCCGCAACGAGUGCAUUGUUACAGCUUGUCAGGAGGGCAUUGUCCUGACAUGGGCCAGGCCAGGACAAAUGAGAGAAGGCAAUGAAUGAGGUGACAGGCAGGCACUGUCUUAUUUAUUUGUUUGCUUGAAGAGGCCUUGUUUUUAUUCCAGACCCCUAGGUGGAUCCAAGGAUUACAGAAUGUAAGAUUGUGUGUAAGGAUCAGACAAAAAAUGACAAUGUAAUAAUUGUGUAUUGUAAGAUAUGGAAUAACAAUAGCAUUGGACUACAAAAUGUAAUGGAUGAUUAUAUAAGAAAGUGUGUAAUCAUUUCAGUAUGUAAGAAACACAUAUUUUAAAAAAUUACGUAAUGUGAGGAUUUUAUAUAUGUCAGAUAAUGUGAGGGUUAGAGAAAGAAAGGAAUGACCAGAUUAGGUUUUCUAGUCAUGUGACACUAGAGAUGUACCUGACAGAUGUCAUGUUGACUGCCCUCCCCUAAUGGAUGACAGAUGUUGAAUGCCCUCCCCUAAUGGAUGACAGAUGUUGACUGCCCUCCCCUAAUGGAUGACAGAUGUCAUGUUGACUGCCCUCCCCUAAUGGAUGACAGAUGUCAUGUUGAAUGCCCUCCCCUAAUGGAUGACAGAUGUUGACUGCCCUCCCCUAAUGGAUGACAGAUGUUGAAUGCCCUCCCCUAAUGGAUGACAGAUGUUGACUGCCCUCCCCUAAUGGAUGACAGAUGUUGACUGCCCUCCCCUAAUGGAUGACAGAUGUCAUGUUGAAUGCCCUCCCCUAAUGGAUGACAGAUGUUGACUGCCCUCCCCUAAUGGAUGACAGAUGUUGACUGCCCUCCCCUAAUGGAUGACAGAUGUCAGUUGACUGCCCUCCCCUAAUGGAUGAUAGAUGUCAUGUUGACUGCCCUCCCCUAAUGGAUGACAGAUGUUGACUGCCCUCCCCUAAUGGAUGACAGAUGUCAGUUGACUGCCCUCCCCUAAUGGAUGAUAGAUGUCAUGUUGACUGCCCUCCCCUAAUGGAUGACAGAUGUUGACUGCCCUCCCCUAAUGGAUGACAGAUGUCAGUUGACUGCCCUCCCCUAAUGGAUGAUAGAUGUCAUGUUGACUGCCCUCCCCUAAUGGAUGACAGAUGUUGACUGCCCUCCCCUAAUGGAUGACAGAUGUCAUGUUGACUACCCUCCCCUAAUGGAUGACAGAUGUCAUGUUGACUGCCCUCCCCUAAUGGAUGACAGAUGUUGACUGCCCUCCCCUAAUGGAUGACAGAUGUCAUGUUGACUGCCCUCCCCUAAUGGAUGACAGAUGUUGACUGCCCUCCCCUAAUGGAUGACAGAUGUUGACUGCCCUCCCCUAAUGGAUGACAGAUGUUGACUGCCCUCCCCUAAUGGAUGACAGAUGUUGACUGCCCUCCUCUAAUGGAUGACAGAUGUCAGUUGACUGCCCUCCCCUAAUGGAUGAUAGAUGUCAUGUUGACUGCCCUCCCCUAAUGGAUGACAGAUGUUGACUGCCCUCCCCUAAUGGAUGACAGAUGUCAGUUGACUGCCCUCCCCUAAUGGAUGAUAGAUGUCAUGUUGACUGCCCUCCCCUAAUGGAUGACAGAUGUUGACUGCCCUCCCCUAAUGGAUGACAGAUGUCAGUUGACUGCCCUCCCCUAAUGGAUGAUAGAUGUCAUGUUGACUGCCCUCCCCUAAUGGAUGACAGAUGUUGACUGCCCUCCCCUAAUGGAUGACAGAUGUCAUGUUGACUACCCUCCCCUAAUGGAUGACAGAUGUCAUGUUGAAUGCCCUCCCCUAAUGGAUGACAGAAGUCAUGUUGACUGCCCUCCCCUAAUGGAUGAUAGAUGUCAUGUUGACUGCCCUCCCCUAAUGGAUGACAGAUGUUGACUGCCCUCCCCUAAUGGAUGACAGAUGUCAGUUGACUGCCCUCCCCUAAUGGAUGAUAGAUGUCAUGUUGACUGCCCUCCCCUAAUGGAUGACAGAUGUUGACUGCCCUCCCCUAAUGGAUGACAGAUGUCAUGUUGACUGCCCUCC